AUGGUCCAUCUCUUGUUUCUCGCACUGCUCCAGGUCGCACUGGCCAGCGGUCUCAGCGCCCCUUCUCCUGCUGUUGAUGAUUACGACGUGCUGCAAUACGUCAAUCCACUAAUUGGAAGCACGAAUGGAGGCAAUGUCUUUGCUGGAGCGACAAUUCCUUAUGGCAUGGCCAAAGCCGUAGCCGAUACGGACUCCCCAAGCAACCAGGGAGGGUUUACCUUCGACGACAGUAAAAUCACUGGCUUUUCUAGUCUACACGACUCUGGCACUGGAGGUCAGCCCUCUCUAGGGAACUUUCCGCUGUUUCCCCACGUAUCAUGCAUAGAUGACCAAGUCAAUGGCUGCGCGUACCCUAAGAGAACGCGGAGAAUAGCCUAUGACCACGAUUCCGUCGUGGCCAGGCCUGGGUAUUUCGGCUUGACUUUGAGCUCUGGCAUCCAGGUGGACAUGACUGCGUCCCAUCAUACAUCUCUUUUCCGCUUCCAGAUUACGUCUAACCAGACUUCAAGUCCUCUCAUUCUGCUGGAUCUGAGCGACUUGUCUGAUUCACGACAAGAUAAUGGAACAAUUUAUGUUAAUGAGACUACCGGCCGACUGACUGGCCAUGCACGAUUCCUGCCUAGCUUCGGCAGUGGCUCGUAUGUGCCCUACUUCUGUGCAGACUUUGAUAGCGAUGCAGGAAUCCGCGAUAAUGGUAUCUUCGUCAACUCUCGAGCAAGUACCGAUGUGAAAAACCUUACAGUAUCUAGGAGUAUCAACGGUUAUCCUCUUCCUGCGGGAGGCUUUGUUCGGUUCAACCAUCGCCUCAACCACACAAUCAAAGCCCGCAUCGGGCUGAGCUUUAUCAGUAUCGAUCAAGCCUGCAGCAGCGCUGAAGAUGAAAUUCCCAAUUUUGACUUCGAUGCCACGCGAUCUGCUGCAGUAGACCUGUGGACGGAGAAGCUAGCUCCUAUCCGUGUAUCCAGGACUGGCCUCGACUCUUCAGUGCUUACCAAUUUCUACAGUGGCAUUUAUCGGACCAUGGUCAACCCUCAGGAUUACACAGGAGAAAAUCCGCUCUGGGAGAGCAGUGAGCCGUAUUUUGACUCUUUUUACUGUCUCUGGGAUUCUUUUCGAUCACAGCUUCCUUUCCUCACAAUCGUUGAUCCUUCCACUGUCACUAAAAUGAUUCGUUCGUUGAUCGACACACAACGGCAUCUAGGGUGGCUCCCUGAUUGCCGCAUGUCUUUAUGCAAAGGUUACACUCAAGGGGGCUCUAAUGCGGACGUAGUGCUUGCUGAUGCAUAUGUGAAAGGCCUCUCCAAAGGUAUCAACUGGGAAGAUGGAUACGCAGCUGUUCAAAAAGAUGCCGAAGUGGAACCCUACGAUUGGAGCAAUGAAGGCCGCGGAGGGUUAGCAAGUUGGAAAUCGCUGAAUUAUAUCCCAGUCGAAGAUUUCGACUACGCGGGCUUCGGAACAAUGACACGGAGUGUUUCCCGUACUCUGGAGUACUCCUACAAUGACUUUACUAUUGCACAGAUGGCUCGUGGUCUCAACAAAACGGGGGAUGCUGAAAGAUACGAAGAAACGAGCAGAUAUUGGCAGCAUUUAUUUAGAGCUGAUCAGACUUCCUUCAUAUCCGGUGCAGAGACCGGCUUCAAGGGCUUCUUCCAGCCAAAGCAUCUGAACGGCACAUGGGGAUAUCAGGACCCAAUAACAUGCUCCAACAUUGACAGAAGCGGCCGAGCCUGUUCCUUGCAGAACAACGGUGCAGAAACAUUUGAGUCCAGUCUGUGGGAAUACCAAUUCUUCACCCCGCAUGACAUGUCUGCGCUGGUUGCUCUCCUCGGCGGCCCAGAUGAAUUCAACCGUCGCCUUGAUUACCUGCAUGAUCAAAACAUAACAUACAUUGGCAACGAACCCUCUUUUCUAACUGUCUUUCAAUACCACUAUGCCGGUCGGCCCGGAAAAUCCACUGCCCGCGCCCACUUCUACAUUCCACGCUUCUUUAGUCCUACUGCCGCAGGGCUCCCCGGUAAUGACGAUUCUGGUGCCAUGGGAUCAUUCGUUGCAAUGUCUAUGAUGGGACUUUUCCCAAACCCAGGCCAAAACGUCUAUCUGAUAACCGCUCCAUUCUUCAAAUCAGUUGAUAUCACGAGUCCUCUCACGAAUAAGACAGCGAAAGUGAGAACCAUCAAUUUUGACUCUGCGUACCAGAAUAUCUACAUCCAGUUUGCAACACUAAAUGGAAAACCUUACUCCCGAAACUGGAUCACCCAUGAUUUCUUUACUGAAGGGGGUGAGCUUAUCCUUGUGCUAGGAAGUAGUGAGAGUACGUGGGGAACGGGGCCCGAUGAUCUUCCGCCGUCUUUGCCGGCAGUUGUUCCUGAGGCAUUGAUUGAUGAGGUCCAGACUUCGGAUGUGUUGUGA